ACUCGAUCCGACAAGAUGGUAAGUGGGACGUUCGAAGGGGGCAAAUCCGCCCCAAUCCCGCCUCCGCUGUCUGAAGGCACGAUCACGGUUCGGACCCGCAAAUACAUGACCAACCGGUUGUUGGCCCGCAAACAAAUGGUGGUGGACGUGCUGCAUCCCAACAAGGCGUCGGUGCCCAAGACGGAGAUCCGCGAAAAGUUGGCCAAGAUGUACAAGUGCACGCCGGAUCGGGUGGUGGCCUUCGGGUUCCGCACCAACUUCGGCGGCGGCAAGUCCUCGGGCUUCGCCCUCAUCUACGAGACGAUGGACUAUGCCAAGAAGUUCGAGCCCAAGUUCCGCCUGAUCCGCCAAGGCGUGCUGGACAAGCCCACGCGCACCGGUCGCAAGCAGAAGAAGGAGCGCAAGAACCGCAUGAAGAAGGUCCGCGGCACCAAGAAGGCCAAGGUCGGGGCCUCGGCCAAGAAGUAAACCCCAUUUUGGUGUGUUUCUUCGACUCCCCCUCCCGUUUCUCCGCUCCCCUUGUCACCAUCUUCAGUACCAUCAUCAACACCACUAACUUUAUCAUCAUCAUCAUGGAGAAUCCCAAGACCGACGACAGAAGAUCCUCUGCCGGUCACAAAUCCUUCCGAUGGAGGUUAUGGUUGUUUCGGUCUUCGUAUUAUGGCUAAUAAACAACGAUUGACGAACCACA